AUUGCUUCAAAGUCAACUGCAUGUUAUGUAAUUCUUUCAAAUGCAUUUUUGGACAUGAGUCAUUAUGGGAUAUAUAUAGCUGGCCAACAACAACACGGAAAUUAAUUCACUUUGUGUAGAACCAUCUACAAGUCAACAACUUUUUGAUGUUCCUAGAAAAAGAGUCAGGAAACUAUAAGUGACUUAUUUUACUUCCGUGUAGUUAUCUCUGUAUGUAACAUACUCCUAUGUGAACACUACAUGUAUAUAUAGGGACCAUUCACAUGAAAUGAGGUCCACGCCAAUAAACAGAGCCGUCCGUGCUUUAUUGGUUUAUCUUGUUGUUUCUCUUCACAAGGGUCACGGGCUUUGUCCGAGCAAAAAUGGGACCGUUGUUGACUGGUGGAUUAUAUAUCAACAACGUUCUAUGCCUUUCUUUCAUUUUUAUGUGGACAGUACGAGCAAUUCAGACAUUUCGUUUCACAAGCCAGAGUCCCCCGACAGCGUCCUGUCCAAAGCAGCAGAUCUAAUUAUAGAUGGCGUCCUACCACAGUAUUUCCUAUACUCCUACGACCUCAUUAACCUCAUGAGAGUUUCGAAGACAGUAACUUUCCCAAUGUAUAGCAAAUGGAUGCAGGGUAUUUUAGCGAGUGACAGAAACACCGAAAAUGGAUUUUGGAUUCUGCACAAUAAUUUUCUUUUCCCCGCCAUCAGUAAUGGCAAACUUCAGCCACCAACAUCUUCUUCCUGGAGAAGUGUAACUAUAGGAGACAGCAGCGAGGACCUCUUCUAUGUGUGUCUGUCACUAGAAACCCGUGAAAAUUUGUUGGAUUCUGUCAAAAACAUAUUAGCUGGGAAUCCAUUUAUAUACCAUAAAAAGCUGACUGAUCUAAAACUUGAGGAGUACUUUACCGAAAUUACAGAGAAGAAUCACCCCUUUUCAUUACUGGCCUCUGCCAAUGCAUACAUGGAAUGUUUAACUGCGACAAAAGAAGCACAGCGUCAUCGCUGUAUGUACCAGUUUGCAACAAAAAACGUUAGGUCUAUUCAGGUGUACACAAGACCAAGAGGACUUAUGCAGGGCGGAAGGAAAUUCUGUUACGGACACCAAACAAGUGCUUUGUUCGAGUUUUCGGACCUUGAUGAUUCAGGUCCAACAAAUGCAAUUUCAUCCAAUAACAUGUUUGUGAUUUCUGAUGAAGUGACAUCAGAACGGUAUGGUGUCGUGUGCUUUGGACAAGAUAUUGCAGCAACUUCUGAUACAGUGGCAGUAAUGAUAUGUGGUAAAUUACCAGGAUUAUGGCGAACAAUGGUGCAAGCUUCUCAGCUAACAAACUGGGGAUGUCCAAAUCACGGUUUGGGAGAGAAGGGGGAUGUCAAACAAAUGCAACAUAUGCAUAAGCCACACCAUCAUGGAAUUCCUUCUCCACUUACCCAGUCUUUUACUGCGCAAGUCAAAACCCCUGAAGUGCGGCGGCUCAAACGUGAUACGACGUCACAAGAAUCGUCGACCAAAACACGUCAAUUGCGUUCCAAAAGAAACACGAAUAAGAAACGCAGAAGAUCAAAAAGAGAAGCACCAGAAGAUGAAGAAAGAGAAGAAUCAUUCGAGCACCCAAAGAAAAAGGAUGUCGAUUUCAAGAAGUCGCAAAAUGGCCAUGAAAAGUUUUUGAAAUACGAAGAAAGAGAAGAUGCUGGAAAGGACAAAUCUAAUUCAAAAUUGGAGCGUUACAUGGAAAUAAAAAUGCCUGUUGAAAAACCAUCUCGAGAAAAAGAACCUCCCAAAACAGUCAUUAGGAUCAACACGCUGGACGAACUGCAGAAGUCUGUUGUGGAAAAUGAAAAUCAACUUAUUGCCAUUUUCUGUAGGAAAGGAUGCAGAUAUUGUGCAGCAACAGAGCCCAAAUUUCAAAUGUUGAUUGAUCAUUUUAAAAAAGAACACGUAGAUUUUUUCCACGUUGAUGUUGGCGAGAUCGAUAUGCCAUAUCAAUUAGCGGUAGAAUGGACCCCUUACGUUAGAUUUAAACCAAGGGGAGUGACUCAGUUGAGCCCUUAUGAGUGGAAGGAAUUCUCAGGAGAGGAGUACAACUUCCGCACAAUGUACCAGUUCCUGGAUGAUCACCUCGAAAAAAUGGAAGGAAACAUUAAAAUGACUCGUACUUCAAGAGGGUAGAGAGAGGAUGAUGAACAAAAAACUGUAUACCAGCAUUGGAUAGCCUUUUUUGUGUGAUUUUCAAACAACAAAACAUUUAUCUUUUAGAUAUUUGAUAUCAAUUUUAAUAUUAGAAAUUAUGCAAUUCUUUUAUUUUCAAGAUAGCCCUAAUUGCAUGAUCAUCAGCAAAGAUUACAGAAAAGAAAUCAUAUUCAUAAGAUUUUCAUUGUGUAAAAUGAAUCUUAAUCACAAAUACGAAAUGGAAUUUGAAAUACAUUUGGUUAUACACUGUUUAUAUACAUGUAACUAAAUUCUGAAUAUAGUUGUGUGUGCUGGAUUAGAGAGAAACUUACAAAUCAAACUUAAUAAAAAUCUAAACACGGAGUUUAUAACAUAA